AUGAAGUCAAUUCUCAUCGUCGGUGCCACUGGAGCUCAAGGCGGCGCCAUUCUUCGUCACCUCGCCAGCACCGGACAAUACAACAUCACAGCCUUCACCCGCAGUGCUACGUCUCCCAAGGCUGUCGAGUUAGCCGCUCUGCCCAACGUGAAGAUCGCUGUCAGUGACGCAGCUACUGGCUAUGACACCAAAGCGUUUCUUGCAGCUGCCUCGGAUGUUGAUUACGUUCUGGUCAACACUGAUGGAUUCGCACUUGGAGAACAAGCUGAGAUUUAUUGGGGAAUUCGACUCUUCGAGUUGUCUGCUAGGGCCGGGGUUAAGCAUUUCAUCUACAGUGGUCUUGAUUCUGUUGGGCCCAAGACUAACUAUGAUACUGAUCUCUAUGUUGGCCAUUAUCAAGGCAAGGCUAGAAUUCAAGAUUGGAUCCAUGCACAGAAAGACGUGAAAAUGCAGUGGACCAUUAUCAGAUCGGGCCCAUACAUGGAACUCCUCUCUGCAGUCAUGUCACCUGCUGUCGAACAGGACGGCUCACUCAUUUUCCAACUCCCUCUCGACAAUGGUUCAAUCCCAUUCAUCCACCUCGACGACUUUGGCAAAUACGUUGAUUGGGCUCUCAGGCAUCCUCAGGAAUCGAAUCGCUUGGACUUUGGCAUUGCAACUGUUCUCGCGACUGGUGAUCAAAUUGCUAAAGCUUCUGAGAAGGUCAGCAGAAAAACAAGUCGCUUCGUCAACGUCCCCAUUGAUAUUUGGAACUCCGUCGCGUGGAAGACCCUGCCACAAGGCUCAGAUACCAAAAUUGGCUUCCAAUCUGUCAAGGACGAUAGUGGGUUGCUUAUGACGUAUGGCGAGAACUUCAAGAACUGGUGGAACCUUUAUAAGGCGAGUCCCAGUGACAAUUCGGGAUUGAUUCAGAGGGACUUUGAGUUUCUGGAUAGGGUCGUUCCGGACCGUGUCAAGAGUGUUGAGGAAUGGAUGAAGAAGGUUCAGUACACUGGCGCCAAGCAAGAUCUCCUGAAUCUUGAGGCUCAUACUAAGUAA